AUGGAAUGUGUAGAAGAUGAGGAGGAUGAAGAAGGAAUUUUGGAUAAAUGGAUGGUCGGCAAUGUUAUCAAACAUGAGGAAGGGGAAAUAGAUCUGGAAGAUAACAAAGACACAACAGAUGAGGUCCGAGACAAGAGAAGCGACGGAAAAGCAGCAACUGUGGAUAAGGUAUUACCGGAAAAUGGUCAAAGGUUGUCGGUCGGUGAUGCUCAAAACCAAGAAAACCAAUCGUCGCAUGGGGAGCCAAUGUCAAUGGUAGAAGCUAUGACAUCAUAA